UUUAGUCAUUUGGACGUCAGCGCGCGAAUUGACAUGAAGAUGUGUUGAGAUGAAGAAUAACUAAAAAUGAUAACUUUUGUUUUUUUGUGUUUGUGUGUGAAUCUAGCUCUGGGAUCAGGGAAUUCUUUGAAAGACCCUAGCGUUUGCGGUUCCCCGACAUGCACAACAUCAGGGAAGUUCAAAUAUCAAACACAUCUAUCGUAUCAUUAUGAAUACAAAGUAAAUAUUGAAACAUACUUUGCUGGAUCAAGUAAUAACCGAUCUACCUUAGAUAUCAAAACCCAGGUAGCUCUUGAAUUUAUUAGACCAUGUGAAGGUAUCCUACAUGUUUCUGAUGUGACUUUAAUAGAUCAGGAUGAGAAUUAUCCCGUUGAGAGAGCUGAAAAAUUUAUUGCAGCUGUCACAUCAUAUGAACUCAGAUUUGCAUUUCAUGAUGGUGUUGUGUCAGAAAUCUGCCCAGAGGAGGAAGAAGAAGACUGGGUUCUCAAUUUCAAACGGGCAAUUCUGUCACUCUUUCAAAAUAGCAUGAAGAGAUUUGAUAUAAAUUUUAAAGGCAUAGAACAAGACAUCCAAGGUACCUGUAAUGUGAAUUAUGAAGUGAGAGGGCAGGAGAACACUAGUCUCAUAUUGGUAAAAACUAGAGACCUGUCGCAAUGCAGGGACAGAUAUAAAUAUAUGUCGAUACUCCAAACAGUACGCUACGAUUUCCAAAGUAAAUUCCAAACAUGGCCUGUUCUGAAAUCCGAGUCCAAAUGUCGUUUGACAGUCGACCAUUUUGUGUACAAAGCGGUGAGUUGUCGGGAGAGGCAUCUGUUCGAGCCAUUCUCUGGGAAGAACUCCGGGGCCAUGUCUACUGUCAUACAGGAUCUGGUGCUUGUUCGUGAGGUGAACAAAACUGAUAGCGACACUGUGGAUAGUCAGAAGAAAUCGUGGAAAGUCAUACAGAAACGGUCGAACAUACUUCACCAUCACAUUUCGUACGGAAAAUCGGAUACAGGCGAGGUGAAAUCAGCGAGGGACGUUCUCAAACUUUUAUGUUUAGUAAAACCGAACACAGAAGAAGAUACUAUGACAUUAGACGGCAAUAUGGACAGUGGCUCAGUGGUGGGAGUGUGGGGGAGACUGGUUCGUUCCGCGAGGAAGCUGCACCAUCCUGCUCUAACACAGCUAUUGAAUAGAGCCAGCACUAUUUGUGAGACUGCAAGGAAGCACAUAUUAGAUGCUCUUCCGUACAUAGCCAGCACGGGGUCCGUCGAGCUUAUUAAGGAGAUGAUUCUUAACAAUGAAGUGAACGAGGAUACGAGACACGAAUGGCUCAUGUCUAUGGCAAUGAUUCCAAGGCCGAAAAUAGAAAUGAUCAAAAGCAUGCUUGAGCUUGUACGAAAACAGAAAAACGACAAAGUAGUUAGCUUUACAGUGUCAUCUAUGCUCCAUUCCUACUGUAGACACAGUGGGAAAUCUCUUCGUGAGUGUUGCGAAGAAGAAACGCCAAAGCAGAUUGUAGCAGAGUUUCAAAAUAUUGUCAAUGAAAUAAUCGCUAAGGGCGUUGCUAAUGCUGAGCGUGUAGAUCGAGAUAACAUAAUAAUAGCGAUCAAAGCGCUUGGUAACAUUGGUGGUUUUAAGCAGGAGUUUGCAGAUAUAUUGAUGAGUAUAAUAGGGGAUCACCUUAUACCGGUGCCGAUAAGAUUGGCAGCUAUUGACGCAUUUAGACGUACACCUUGCAUGGAGACUAGCGAAUAUUUUCUAGAGACGUACAGAGAAGAUUUAGUGGAUGUUGAGAUCCGUAUAGCGUCAUAUCUGCAGGUUAUGAGAUGUCCUAAUCUCGUAACAAUAAGGAAGAUUUUCCACGCGCUCAGAAACGAACCAGUUAAUCAAGUGGCAACAUUUGUUUGGAGUCAUUUAAACAACUUGGGCCAGUCGUCACUUCCCUCUCGCGUAGAGAUCCAGGGUCUGCUGUCUGGACACGAGAUGCCACAGCUAGAGGAUAGCCCAGACUUCAGGAUGUUCUCUAGAAAUUACGAGCAAGGAGUUUUCUUCGAUCAAUAUAACGCUGGUGGUAAUUACGAAGCCAACGUAAUAUUCUCACCGGAUUCGUACAUCCCUCGUUCUGUGGCGGUUAACUUGACUGUUGAUAUGUUUGGCGAAUCCAUCAACUUGCUUGAGAUCAAAGCAAGGGGUGAAGGCUUCGAGAGGUAUUUCGAAAGUAUAUUUGGUACAAAUGGUCCUUUCAAUAAAGAUGAAGCUGUCGAAAAGAUAAGCAAAAAACGAUUCUUUCGUUCCGUGAAUGAGGCUGAUGAGAUACAAGGGAAAAUCGACGAUAUUGGCUACAAGAAUAAUGCGCUUAAGCAUCGUUUUCCCAUGGCGGAGGUUGGAUUUAAGGUGUUUGGUAAUGAGAUUUCGUUUUGGAGCGCUGAAGGAGAUGAUGAGAUUCGAAAGGCUUUGGAGAGGAUGAAUCCGAAGUUAAGGAUAUUGGAGAUAUUGUCUGGAAAGGAGAUAUCCUACAACAAGGCAUCUCUAUUCCUGGACACAACUUUCGCGGUGCCUACUGGAUGUGGUCUACCGCUCAAUAUGAACCUCAUGGGAACCAGCUACGUGGACACAAAAAUGUCAGGAACGGUGGUGAAUACGUACACCAAGUCCGGAAAUUUAGACUUCGAGGGGAAACUUCGGCCGAGCGUUGCAGUCAACAUAGCAGCUACCAUGAGUGUUUCGGCGGGAUCGUUAGCUGUCAGCGGUAUUCGUCUGUCGUCACGACUGUACACCGCUACUGCACUCGAGGCCAAGCUAUCUAUCCGUGGACUGGGAAUGAUCAAACUCGAUCUAUCGCUGCCCAGAGAUAAGCAGGAGAUAUUUGCUGCUAAGUCCGAGCUCAUGGUGCUACAUGGAGAUGAAGAGCUGCCACAACAGGGUCUGAACAAGAACAGAAUAGAACAGAAUACUUGCAGUUGGAGUACAUUCGAUAAGGCGAUCGGUAUCAAAGUGUGUGCUGCCUAUCAGUUCCCGAAUAUGACGAACCUUCGCAACGCACCAUACUUCAUUAUGAGCGGGCCGGCCAAGUACAUCGUGUCUCUGGAGAAAGCUGACAGGUCAGCGCACACAUACGCCCUGCUCUACACGUGGACCAAGAAUGAGACCACGAAUGUAUUGGGCUUCUCUUACGACACGCCCAACAGCAAGGAGAAACGAAUGUUCAACGCGCUCCUGACUAUGUCAAACACCUCGAGUACCGCUGCCGUGACCUUCCAGUCAUCAGAGAGCACCAUCAAAGCCAACGCGCUGUACCGCAACCAGCCCUACGACAAGUCUGUGGCAGCCAGUCUGGACGUGGACGGCCGGAAGCAGUUCGACACCGUGAUGUCGUUCAAGCGGCACGACAUCAAGUAUGGCUACGUGUGGCUGCCGCACGCCUACUGGGUCCUCAAUGAUGAGAGGAUCGCGGAGUUGUCAGGCAGUAUAAAAGUGAAAUCAAAGGGCGGAGUGACGCAAUGGGAUAUCACAGCCGAUUUCCAAACGAAACAACUCGCGAGCCGUCUUAUAGGAUAUUAUACCGUAAACGGACCGACGCACGGCACAAAAUUGCAACUCGACUACCAGUUCUACAAAACUCCAAAGCAAACAAUUAAAAUCGAAGGUGUUUAUAGCGAGAGAUCUUUAAAAUAUAGACAUGACUUGUACGGUGAGUUGGCAAUGGACUUCACUGCGUAUCCCGCGUACAACUUCUAUGCAGUCCUUAGGAAUGUGAAAACUCAAAACCACUUGGAUAUCGGUUUUAAUGUGAGCUCUUCGAAGGAACUCAAGGAAGACCCAUCUUUUACGUUUGUCUUUAAACGAAUAGACAAGAUGAGCGGAAUGAAACUUUACACAGAAAUGAAUUUGAAUAAACCUAGACCGAUUUUGUUGAAGCUACAGUUUGAAGAAGUCGGUCCGAAAUACUCGGGCCUAGCUUUACUAAACUUUAACCCGAAGUCUCGCGAGAUUGUUGUCUCUGGGUAUUUGUUCGCGCCUCCCGGGACACAGUUAUAUGCGGAUGCUGAACUUAAUGUCACGUUGCCAACCCUACACCCUUGUUUACUGAAGGGGAAGUUAUUCGAGAAACGUCCGAAUGAAUUUCAAGUAAAUGCUAAUGGGGUAUGGUUUACGGGCGUGGACUUCAACGUAGACGCAGUGUAUCAAGACCAAUCGAAGACCAAUAUGGCGUCGCAUCGUCUCAAAGUGUUGAUAAAUAGCAACCAUUUCAAAGAUAUCGCUGUUGACGCGAGGUUCACUCAGGACAAUCGGCAGAUCACAUUUAUUGCUGAGGGUGAAUAUAACUCGGAUACGUACAAGAGUUUGGUUCGGUAUCUGCUGCUCUCGGAGCAAAACUUCACAGCCUACGGUGAAAUAGACGUCAGCGGGAAAGCGUACAGCGUGAACUUGAACGCGGAUUUGAACAAUAACACUAAUGUCAACAUGGACAUACAUUUUGAUCAAUUACGCGACAUCCAUGUAUCCUACCUGCGAGUCUCGAAGCCGACUCAAAAGCGACUGAGUGCAUUGUUCAACUGGGACGCCAACCGCGACCCCUCGCAAAAGGUGAGCGUGGAUGCGACGCUCAACCGCAAGGGAGACUGGCACCACUCAGGACACGCCACGCUGCACUACCCGGGACAAGUUGUGAGCGGGGAAUUUGAUUUCUUACUUAAAGAUUGGUUUUGCGAGUGGUUAGUACGCGCUGGUUGGGCCAACCCGACCUCCAUAGUUUGGCGUGUGAAGGCCUACUCCGAGGCACACGAGCACACGCUCUAUGCCUUACUCUCCCGCUUGCAAACUCCCUUACCGUCGUGGCGGGACAGCAGUUUUGAUGUCAUGUGGCUGUACAAGGACAAUCUUCAAUCAUUAAACGGAAGUAUGAAAUGGCAAGAAGACUAUCUAGAUUUCGGCCUUCUCGCCGAUUAUCUGUUCACUGCAAACAAGUUCUACGGCGAAAUUAACGCCAAAGUCAAUUCUUCUAUCGCAACGUUGCCAAAAGCGUCGGCCGUUGCGAAACAUACUGUGGAAUGGAAGAAGAAAGUUGAUACUUUGCUCAGUUUCCAGUACAACGAAGACGGACUAUUGAUGAUCAAUUCGUCGUGGGCACUUGACAAAGGACAAAAGGAGAACAAUGUAACGGGACUUGUGACUAUUAUCACACCCUUUCCGGGCUACACAAAAGGAUAUUUGAAAACCGCAUUUGUUUUUGGACACAAGCGUGACAUCAAUGGCGUCACGGAAAUGGAUUUAGAAGGAAGUCUGGUCAGGAUUGAUGUGAACGGUCACAUGCGUCGGAUCACGAACUGUAUGCUCAUAGUGAACGUAACGCGUGACGCGACCAUUCGUAGUACGGCACGCUUUGGAUUCGUGGAAGCGAACCGCCAUCUUGUUGCCAUUGUCAUCACGCCUAACUCCACGACUGGUGUCGAAGUGCUGCUUCAGCUGGUAUCGAUGCAGGAGUUCAACAUACUUGGACACGUGGCGCUGCCCAUACAAUAUCUUAACAGGGCUAUCUUGACUGCGAAACGAGCUUCCGAAGAGCUUGAUUUUCGUGUUGGUUGGGACUCAAUGGACUUCGGUUUCACUGGCAUCUGGCAAUGGCGGUCUCUGUCAGACUUCGUGUAUGUUUACAAGCUGUAUACUCCUCUGGACGGCUUCGAGGAGAAUGGGCUGGUCUUCAAGAAUGUGUAUCGGCAGGGCUUGGAUACUGAGCUCUCGGUUCGCUUGUCUAAGCAUAAGUUUGGCAUUACAAUACUUCUGGUGGACAAUGGGAAAGGAUUAUUGGACAUCAUUCAGGACCGCAUUGAACACAAGCCGAGCAACCCGGAUAUGCUUGUUGAGAAUUUCGACACCGAGGCAUCUAUAGCACUUGACACGCUAUACUACCCGACUGUUAAUUUCCACGCACAUAUCAAGAAGAUAGUGGGAAAAUACGAUGAAGAUAUAAUAGAAGCGAACGCAACACUACAUUUGCCUGACAAGACGCCAAUUAUUCUUAAUGAUGUCUUUAUUUUGGAGUCGUACACAACAAUGCAUAACAGGCUGAACAUAAUAACGCCGUUCCAAAUGAUGAAGGAGAUAAAGUCUGUGUACACCAUGGACAUCAUCAUCGGAGAGAAGAUGAAUGUCACCUGCGUAGCGCUGUUGUACAACGGCACCUAUUGGCACGAGAUAUCAUACAAAAUCUACUACGAAUACGAGAGCGGAGAAGACGAUGCGUACGAGUCGUACCUGGCGUCAGUGGGCGUGGCCACGCCUCUAGCGGUGUUGCCGGCGCUGGAAGCACGCGUGUCCGCCCGCCUAGAGGACGCACUCUGGAAAAUGGCCGCCGAUAUUGCUAUGCCCUCGUUUACCGUUACGGCAAUCGCUAGCUUGGAGCUUGAUGAUCCGUUCGUUGAGACAUCUGGAAGCUUGAACUUAACAUCGGUGUAUUUGGAAGAUUACUUCAUUAAGAUGGAGUUCAAAAAAGAUAUUUCUGACGCAGAGAGUUCUGUGGGCGGCGGGAUUCAAGUCUUACAAGGGGAACAUAACAAUUACGUAUUUGCUGACGUAGUAUGGCACCCACCACCAUCACAAAUCAUCCGCUUCAAGACUCGCGGCGCUCUGUCCCCCAUCCUGUCACCGGCUGAGCUGACCUUCCUCUACAGCAAUGAAGACCAACAGAAGACUGUCGCGGUCGACUUCAACAUUGAAGACAGCGAUUACUCACUCAAAGCCAACCAGUGGCCCACGUCUUUGAACGUCGCACUUAGCAGUCCGCAUAAGGGAUUCAAAGUGAUAAAGAUAGUGAGUGAAUUCGAAGGCGAUGAUAUAAAGGGGUCAUUUGUGACCGAUACAACAGAGUAUGGUAUCACGGGGAAAAUCAUCAAUCGUGAAAAUCCUUUUGAGCUGUCUCUCACGCUGGUCCCCAAAGGACAAGGACAGCCGAUAACAAUCCGCGUAAAAAGCGAGCAAUCGCCGACAGUAUUCGGUGUGUCGGCGCACGUGGCAGGACCGGUCCAGUCGACCAUCCACGCUCGACUUGAAACCGAGAAAAAUUUCACCGACAUAUACUUUAAGGUGGACAUUCCCCAAGCGAAGGGUCGGGAGAUAUACAUGAAGUCCCGCGUAGAUGUGUACCCGGGACUGCGGAGAGUUGUCAGCUUACAAGCGGCCUCACCAAUGCAGAAGCUCAGCUUUGUUAAGGCGGACACUGAUUUCCUGUUCGGUCCAAAGAGUGGCUACUUGGUCGGCAAAUAUGAAUUACCAGAUAUGAAGGGAGACGGUGAUCUUAAAUGGAGUUUCCUGCUCGGUGACUUAUAUAUACGGGCAAUGGGGCAUCAGCUGGUCAAACAAAUCCAGAGGAGCGUCGACUUGGACAUAUACUUUGGUAACAACACCGCGCCAGAUGGUCUACCCAAGACCAAUGCUGGGUUCAGGAUGGACUUAGAUCGAGUUUGGCAGAUCGGCGCAAACUGUUCCUUUGGUUUGAUAAUGGACAAGCGAUUGAGUUUAGAGAUCAAUGCAAUCCUUCCAAAGCCGAACGUAGACGUGCACACGCUUUGCAUUGACGGGUCGCUCGGCAACGCGAAGAAACCAGAUCAUAAUAUACGAGCGAUGUAUACCACUGAUGUCACUAAGAUCGUAGCCGGACUACAAGGAAAGGUGCUCCAAUUACCAGAGAGUUUCGAUGCAAAUGCCACAGUCACGUGGACCGCAAAUUCGGUCUAUAAGAACGUCAACAACGUGGUUUCAUACAAAUGGGACGUGAACGGUUCUAAGAUCGUAGAUUAUACGUUGUACACGCCCAUGUACCACGCGGAACCCAGCUUCACACUCGUUGGCUCCUACCAGAAAGAUAUGUUGAGGAAAUAUCAUGUUGUUAAAGGCCGCAUGCAUCGCCCGGGCAGCUGUCAGGUAGGCGAGGUAGACGUGCGUUACGGCGGCGUUACACACACAGAUGGCCAUUUCAACAUGACCACACCCUUCCAGACACUGCCGUGGCUCAAGUCCAUAUUUGAUGUUAACAAUCUAGAAGAAACAUCAGACAAUAAAAUAGAAGUAUUUUGGCCUAACAAAUCCGCCUCAGUCAAUACGACGCAUGCCUAUCAAAAACAAGAGCCAGGUUUCACACAAACGGGAACAAUUUCGCUUUCAAUUCCAUUGAGCAGUCAACACUUAGUGAACACGCAGUACUUCUACGUAGAAGGCGACAAAUGGAGCAAUGGAAACGGAACAAUAGAUUUUGAUUCGGAACGGUUUGUUAAGGCGGCCUUCAAUCAAAUUCUGAGUAAGAGUGAAAGGAAUUUAGACCUUGCAACGACAGACAUAGAGGUGGAAAAUGAACAUACGCCUGUUGGAAUAAAGUAUAUACAUGAAUACGACAAUACGGGUAAUACGUAUGUAAAACAAGCCACAGUCUUCCACCUGCAAAACGCCACCAGAUUCAACCUGACCGGGAAACUUGACGUGGAGACAACUGAACGCGGGAAAGAUAUGACUUUUACGGCCAUUCAGGGAAAUCGGACCUGGGCCUUUGAGAACAAGUACGAGGCUGUCGAUAAGGAGCUGAAGCAAGGCAGCCGAGUCACGUGGGCUGAGGAUAUCUGGAUCAGAUACCAGUUACACGUCACUAACAUGAGUGUGGAUGACACAGAAUCGCAAAAAAUAAUAAUGGACGUAGAGUACCCAAUGCGUACGUUCCAAAUAUCUGCGAUAUAUCGGCUGCAAGACACGUUGCUAGACGGCAAGGCUGAUCUGCUGUGGAAUGUGCGCGCGGAAAAUAAAACGGCAGAGAUCACGGGACGAUGGGAGAACCCCGCUGUGAUUGAAGGAAAUAUGCACGAUGUAUUCUUAGCUCUGUCACAUCCUUCGUUCAAGAAGGAUGUAACAUUAAAGGGAAAAUAUUUAAGUACACCGGCUGUAAUGUCCAAUGUUACACUGGAGUUACAGUAUUCCGACUACGAAAAUGAAUAUCUCAAACUGAAUUCGAUUCUAACCGACAAUUCUGAUGGACCAACGAGAGACUACAAAUUCGCUUUGAAAUGUACGCAUCCUUCCACGAACUUAGAUUUGGAUAUGAAGUCCGAUAUAAACAUACACAGUCGGUGGUACCAUCUUAGCAACUACUACAGGUUCCAGAAGACGCUGUUUUAUGAGAAGCUGAGGAGUAAUAAGCUGCUGGUCGAUUUGAACUCGAAUGCUAUAAAUUGGGAGCGAGCAAACGAGACAUAUUACUACAUAGUGAACGGUACCUGGUCGUUGUACUACCCUCAGUACCAACUCCGCGGAACUGUGCAGAAACCAAACGCAAACGACACUAUUUUCGCGCAGCUUUCGAUGGUCGAUAAGGCGAUGGUCGCUCACUACAACAGUACAGAUGAUAUUUCGUACCACAUGAUCGGCGAAAUCGUCGAUACCCGGUCUGCGAAACUCAACGCUUGGCGCAACUAUGACGAUGUCACAACCGUAGACUUAGCUUCCUACAUCCGUUUGAACCACUCGCGACUUCUAACCAGCUCGUUCGUCUGGCGACCAGAAAUCUUCGCCGAAGUCAAGUCCCAGGCUGUUUAUUCCCUCAAACUGCUGUACGCCCAAGUGAAUGAGACAUUGGUCGUUCUCAAAGAAGCGCCAAUGGAGGCACAUUUAGCGCUGCGCAAUAUUUGGAGCGAUGCAAAACCGCGUGUACGCGAUUUGCUUGAUGAUCUCAACGAUUUGCACGUAAUUAAAGAUGAUCUUGAUGAGUUUGAAAGAUUCCUUAAUGAAUCUUACAACAAUAACGACUUCUAUGUAAAAGACAUUGUUGAAUUUACGUAUUUUGUACUAGAUGAGAUGGCUAUUAGGAAUCAUUUGGAGAAUUUGCCCGGAUUUGUAAACGAUAUGUGGGGAAUAAUGGGAAACACGAGCCAGUCGAUCAAAGAAAGUCUCACGUACGUCGUUGAUUCUAUCAAAAAGGCUUACACGAACUUCUUGGAGGCGGUCAAUAAGAUUCUCGAAGCCGACCUAAUGGAGCUGGUCUCUGACAAACUGGAGGCAAUGAUACUCCAGUACGAUACCUUCGUCAGGGAUCUUCACAUGCGGUUUUUGGAGUUCUGGGAGGACACCUGGGUGAAUGCCACGACAAGGUUGUCCAAAUAUUGGCAUGAACUGCUGAAGUCCAUUGAGCCAUUGUUUUUCAAAAUGCUGCACUACACGGAAGCAUUUGUGAUUGCUAUUUGGAAGGGCGUAAUGGACUUCUUCCACGAGAGGACACAUGAGCUAACGGACACGCCGUACUUCAACUAUGUGUCUACUUUUGGACAUGAAAUGGACAGAAUAUACAAAGACUUAAUGAACGACGACAUUAUAACAAACAUAAAGAAGUACACGCGAAAGUUCUGGAACGUGCUCUGGAGCAAGAUAGAGAAGUACGUACCGUUCACGGAGGAAGUGAGACAGCUAUACCGCGAGUUCAAGAACGCGUGGGAGAACUUCCUGAAGAUACCGCAGGUCGUCUACGUCAGGGAGAAGUACAACGAAGCGUACUACCGCCUCAAGUGGUGGUACGACUACUUCAUGAUCGGCGAUGCGUUGGACGCGAUUUGGGACAUUCUGUACGAUAAACUCGCAGACCUGGCUAAGACGGCGCUACAGUAUGAGGAAAUUCAUCGAACGCCAAAGACAAAUUUCAUUUUCGAUCCGAACGAAGGUAAAAUACUCCUCGAGCAGAAACUGCCAAUGUCUUGGCACGCCUUCAACCAGACGCCAGACUUCACGGAGAUAGCGGAGUACAAAGCCGUCAGGGACUUUAUGGACGAGUGGCUCACGAGCAACAGGAGUAUAUGGGCGUAUUAUUACGAGAUUCGACCUUAUUUGGACUUCAAUAACAUCAUACCACCGUUUUCUGGUAUCGCCAUGAUGAGCGGUCAAGGAACGCUGGUAACAUUCGACAAACGAAUCUUCACGAUAUCUGAUCCUGGGACGUUCCUGCUCAGCAAGGAUUACAAACAAAACAACUUUACCAUUCUCAUGGAGAGCAAUGACAAGGGCCAAUACGACCUGGUUAUACUCACCUCUAAGAGUCUCAUAUACAUAGACUUGUAUACGGAGCAAGUUUCCCUUGGCAAGUCGAACCCUUUGAGUUUGCCUGCCGCAGUGGAUGGUGUGGUGGUGGACAGACAGACAGACACCAUCGCGGUGGAGACACGCUCUGGACUCCACGUGCAGUGCAACCUUCUCUUCAGGACGUGCAAGCUGCAAGUUUCUGGAUGGUUCUACGCGUCACUCGGUGGUCUUCUCGGCGCUUACAACAACGAACAGUUUGACGAGUUGCAACUGCCAAACGGAACUAUACACAGCGACGUAUCUCAAGUGGCCAAGUCGUGGCUGAUACGUCACUCGAGCGCCGCGCCGGCCAAGUGGCACACGGCCAAUGACACUCAGUGCGCCAAGUUCUUCAUGAACAAAGUGUCGCCUCUACAUCCUUGCUUCACAGUGAUAGACGCUUUGCCGUUCUACGCCGAAUGCUCGCGCGGAGUGGACGCAUGCUCGCUGGCGAACUCCUACCUCGAGCUGUGCUCGCAUCAACACGUGCCGACUCAUAUACCUGACCAUUGUGUGCAAUGCAUAACGCCCCAAGGUGACGUGGUCGAGGAAGGGUCAUUCCUAGAGUUGCAAGAGACACCGAAAUCUGCUGACAUCGUGUUUGUCCUGGAGGCGCAGUUCUGCAACAAGAAUAUCCGUAAAGUGAAGAACAUCGACCUCUUCAUCGAUACAUUUGACAGUAAAUUGCAGGAAAAUGGCAUGUCCGACAAUAGAUACGCAGUUGUGGCGUACGGUGGUCGCGGUUUGUACCGUCGUCCUCGCGCCCUAUAUUUACGCAACACUUUAUUCGCGGGACCCGUCGACAUCCCGCGACACUUCGACGCGGUACAGAUCGAAAAGCAAGACUCAGUGCGCGGCAAGAAGCCGCAGCGAGCGGACGUGUUCGACGCGCUCCGGUUCGCGAGUGCGUUGCCCUUCCGACCGGGAGUGCCGCGGACCUUGUUGCUGAUGCCGUGUACUGGCUGCGACACCACCGACACUGAUUUGGAUUAUUCGACAAUAUACCAUAACCUGAUGGAGAACUGGAUCACCCUGCAUAUCCUGAUGGAUGAUGACUUUACGUUGUCUAAGAAAAGGGUCGCCAAGUACUUAUUCGGUGUGGACAGCAAUUCAGCGUACACGAAUAAGGAUUACGAACGAUUGGUCGGCGAUUCGAGCCUUAGGAAACAAGUGAAGCUGCCGAAAGAGAAACUGGGUUUGUGCACAUCACUUGCACUUGAGACUAACGGUACGAUAUGGGCCGGUUCGAAGCUGACCGGCGAGCGCGGGUCUGCGCGGCGGUUCUCGUCCGUGUGCGGGGCGCGGGCGGCUCGUGCGGGCUCGACCUGUCCCGCGCCGCGCUGCGAGUGUCGCGCCGCACUGCUGUACUGUCGACCCUGCGCCAGCAGGGACCCGUUGGAGCUUGCGUUUUGGAACUCUGACGACAUCGACGACCUCAUAGACCUGGCGAUGGACCCCCCGACGCUACCUGUCUAUAGCUGAUGAUACAUAGUAACCAUUUAUUAGUUAAAAUUGUUAUUAAAUGUCAAAUAUGUGAUGAGCAUUAUUAUGAGAAUUAUUUUUGUAUUAUGGUACAAUUUUAUUGUUUUAUUUUGUAAAUCUUGAUUGUGAUUGGUAGGAUUUAAUAUAUAUUAAUACACAAAG